UGUCCGCAGUCUCUGGUCAUCCUGUACUGUCCGCAGUCUCUGGUGACCGCAUCCCUGUACUGACCGCAGUCUCUGGCCAUCUCUUGUACUAUGUCUGCAGUCUCUGGUCAUCUCCUGUACUGUGUCCGCAGUCUCUGGUCAUCUCCUGUGCUGUCCACAGUCUCUGGCCAUCUCUUGUACUGUGUCUGCAGUCUCUGGUCAUCUCCUGUACUAUGUCUGCAGUCUCUGGUCAUCUCCUGUACUGUGUCCGCAGUCUCUGGUCAUCUCCUGUACUAUGUCCGCAGUCUCUGGUCAUCUCCUGUACUAUGUCUGCAGUCUCUGGUCAUCUCCUGUACUAUGUCUGCA